AACCCUCUACAAUUCUUUGAAUCGUCUUAAACCGCAGCCUUCCUUCUCCCGGACACAGCGUCGCCCUAGAGACCUUCACUCCCUCCCCUCCUUAAUCACCCAAUCUCAUCAUCAUGCGACCUCCCAGAGGCGGCGGUAGUUUCAGAGGCCGCGGCGAUGGCGGCAGAGGCUUCAGAGGCUGCCGCGGCGGCGGUUUCGGAGGAGGCCGUGGUGGUGGCUUCCGCGACGAAGGCCCUCCUUCGGAAGUUGUGGAGGUUUCGACAUUUGUUCAUGCAUGUGAAGGUGACGCUGUCACAAAGCUCACACAUGAGAAGAUACCCUAUUUCAAUGCCCCAAUCUAUCUGCAGAACAAGACUCAGAUAGGCAAAGUUGAUGAAAUUUUCGGCCCAAUUAAUGAAUCUUACUUCUCAGUCAAAGUGAUGGAAGGCAUUGUGGCCACUUCAUAUUCACAGGGUGAUAAGUUCUAUAUUGACCCAGCGAAGCUUCUUCCUCUUGCAAGAUUUCUUCCGCAGCCCAAAGGACAGAAACCAGCUUUUUCUCGAGGUGGAGGACGUGGAGGCCGGGGAUUUCCAAGGGGAGGCAGGGGACCUCCAAGGGGUGGCAGGGGACCUCCAAGGGGUGGCAGAGGACCUCCAAGGGGUGGGCGUGGCUUCAGGGGCAGAGGGAGAUUUUAGAAACAUUGCUGUCCCCAUUUCAUGUUGUCACUAUUCCUGGAUGCUACUAGGUUCUUACAUAGUCUCAGAAAAGUCUCAAUUCCAUGCUGGUUUUCGUGGUGACAUGUGGUUUUAUGGAUGUUCAUGAUUAUGUUUAUGUUUAUCUUGCUGAAGUUGUACUGGAUGAAGUUAAUUAUAGAUGCUUAUUUUGACUUUAUUUAACUCUCCGAAAUGAGCCUGUCUGCAUGGUUGGAGACGACUUGUUUUUACUGCAUUUGUCGUUUGAUGUCUAGCGUCAAGUAAAUAUGUUGAAUCAUUAGAUCCAGGGUGUUGAAGGAAGGAACUUACAUGUAAGUAGAUGAAUUCAAUAUAAGGAGUUGGUAUCCUACCAUUUGAUGGGUUAAAAACUGUCCAAUCCGGUCCGUAUCGCAGGCCGUCCCAAAACCCUGGCUGACGUCUGAGACCUGUAUGCUAGCGAAAGAUCCGACUCUCUCUGUUUCCAUGAGAUUGAGAUCAAAGUCCAAGUGGCUACCCAAAUCCCAGUUUCCAUGGUGAUGCAAAAACAUGUCGCCGGCAAGCCUCACCCUGCUACUGCGCUGGCAAGCCUCGAUCCCAGAAAAAUAGAUCGAGAUCGAUCUACCC